AUGAAGAAGGAGCUUCAAGCGAAACCGUGGCUGCCCCAGACCCCGGCGCCCGACAUUACAUUCGUCAAUGCAUCGUUGAUUGAUGUUGAAGCUGGCCAGGUCCAUCCCAACUCGUCGUUCCACGUUCGCGAUGGCAUUAUCGUGGAGGUGUCAACCGGCAAUGCCAUUCCAACUCGCGAAGACUCGUCAACCCAGGUGGUGGACCUCCAUCACCAGUUUGUCUGCCCCGGUCUCAUCGACUGCCAUGUUCAUAUAACGGCUGCGCCAGGAAGCUUUUUGAUCAAGGACCUCUUUGCUGCCAGCCCCAAUGCAAUCGCCUUCCGGUCUGCCUUUGUCGCCAAGGAAAUGCUGCUGCGCGGCUUCACCACCGUCCGUGACACUGGCGGUGCCGAUGCUGCCCUGCGCGAUGCCAUCGCCGAGGGCCUGCUGCGCGGGCCCCGGCUCUUCAUCACGGGCAAGGCCUUGUCGCAGACGGGCGGCCAUGGCGACCUCCGCGCCGGCUAUCAGACAGAGGAGGCCAAAUGCUGCGGCGGCCACACGCCUGGCUUUGCGCGCGUCUGCGAUGGCGUCCCACAGUGUCUCGAGGCUGUCCGCGACGAGCUUCGCCAGGGGGCCGAUUUCAUCAAGAUCAUGUGUGGUGGCGGCGUGGCAUCGCCGUCAGACGCCCUCGAUAUGCUGCAGUUCACGGCCGAGGAGAUCCAGGCCAUCACGACGACAGCGCGAUAUUCCCAGAAAUAUGUGACAGCGCAUGCCUACACCGUCGAGGCCAUCAGGCAUGCAGUCGACAAUGGUGUGCGCGGCAUUGAACACGGCAACUUCAUCGACCGGGAGACAGCCUUAUACUGCAAGGAGAAGGGAGUCGUGUUCACGCCGACGCUGGUCACCUACUACGGCAUGUCGGAGCCCCCGUUUGACCAUUUCCUAAGCGAGGAGAGCCAGAAGAAGAACCGACGGGUGCUGGACAGUGGGCUGGAAGCCCUCAAGAUCCUGCGUGAGGCAGGAGUCACGAUAUGCUACGGCUCUGAUCUGCUCAGCGGGAUGCAUGUCUUGCAGAACGGCGAGUUUCGCAUCCGGGCAGCCGUGUUGCCUGCCGUCGAGAUUCUCCAGUCGGCGACGGUCAAUGCAGCCAAAUUGCUUGGAAUGGAGGGAAAGCUGGGCUGUUUGAAGCCCCAGGCGAUUGCCGACUUCUUAAUCUUAAAUAAGAACCCUCUGGAGGAUAUUACGGUGCUCGAUCGGAUGUCUGACACGCUGCUCGCCAUCGUGAAAGACGGACGCGUGGUGGCCAGCAAGCUGGGCGAGUUGACGCCCGAUCCUUUGUACCGAGACAUGGAAUUGGCAUGA